AGGCUAUAAACAUAGUUUUGUCGCCACCUUGUGCAAAAAAGUGAAACUACAGAACAGAUGAUUCCCAGACAAAAAAACUCAAUAAUUAAAGGUUUUUGGUGAAAAAUAGUUGAACUUUGAUAAUUGGGCGCAGCAUUGGCUACCCAAAAAUACUAUCUGGACUAAACACUAAGGACUACGGCUGCAGCGCACCGAGAACAACAGUCUCGGAGCAGCGCUUUAUCGAUUGUGGGGCACUUAAAAACCAAAUAAUAAUUGCAACUAUGUUAUAGCAAGGACCAAGAAUUACUGAACAUUGGUGCCGGAAAGGGUGUAGUUCAGGCAGGUGUGGGCGCGGUGGAAACUCGACAGAGCGAUGCAGCAGACCAACCCAAAGCAACGGAAAAGCAAUAACUAGCAACGUAAUUAGGUAGCGGUAGCCAUCUACCAGGAACACCAGACCGCAAUCAUGUUUCUUUACGAUCCCGACGACACCGAUGAGCUGGACACCAUCGCCGACGUAAUGGGUCUGCGCUCGCAGGCACGGCUGAACACCUUCCGCGAGAUGUGGUACCACGUUUUCCUGUGGGCCCUCUUCUCGUCCAUCUUUAUCCACACCUGCGCUGCCGUGGUGGCCUUCUUUACACUGCGUAAGCACAAAUUCGGCCGCUUCUUUUCGAUUCUCAUCCUGGUCAUGGGCUUCCUGUCGCCGGCAUCGAGCGGCAUCAUCAGCAGCGCCGUCAUCUCCUUUGUCCACCGCGCCUCCAGCCUGCCCAUGUCGCCCAUCUAUGCAAUGGUCUGGGGCCUUGGGCAAACUAUAGUCUCGGCCUGCCUUGGCUUCACCCGCAUCCUGGCUACGCUAUAAUCCACUACCAAUCAUCUUUUAGAAUCCAUGAACCUGGAAUGCCAUCUAUGCAAGGGGCGGGGUACAAUUCUUUCAAUACACAGCUAAGUUUAUAAGAAUAAUGUGAUUUUUAAAAAUACUUUUAUUACGACAGAAGUUAUUCUAAAUAUAAUUGUACAAUUGUACACCUAGGAGCCAAAUAUAUGAGCAGACUAUAAUGUUUCA